GUCUCUUGCUGCAGCAACGCCAGUGGGAGCACCGGGAUCCCGGGCUCGGAACCCGACUACACGGAUUGUUUUAAGAAAAUGGCAGACAAACCAGACAUGGGGGAAAUCGCCAGCUUCGAUAAGGCCAAGCUGAAGAAAACAGAGACGCAGGAGAAGAACACCCUGCCGACCAAAGAGACCAUUGAGCAGGAGAAGCGGAGUGAAAUUUCCUAAAAUCCUGGAGGAUUUCCUACCCCCGUCAUCUUCGAGACCCCAGUCGUGAUGUGGAGGAAGAGCCACCUGCAAGAUGGACAAGAGCCACAAGCUGCACUGUGAACCUGGGCACUCCGCGCCGAUGCCACCGGCCUGUGGGUCUCUGAAGGGACCCCCCCCAAUCGGACUGCCAAAUUCUCCGGUUUGCCCUGGAAUAUUAUAGAAAAUUAUUUGUAUGAAUAAUGAAAAUAAAACACACUUCGUGGCAAAAAAAAAAAAAAAAAAAAAAA